GUCUGAAUGCGGAAGUUGGACCGUGAGGUUCUGUAGCUGCUGCUCGUGUCUGAAUGAAGGUUGAGCUUUAUCCCAGACUGCAAAUUCCUCUGUCCAUUAUUUAGUAUUUGAAAAUCUGAAGACUGAAGUUUCAAAAUCAAUGGAUGAAGGGCUUAUGCCUGAAACAUUGACUCUCCUGUUCCUCGGAUGCUGCCUGACCUGCUGUACUUUUCCAGCGCCACAUUUUUCGACUGACUCUCCAGUGUCUGCAGUCCUCACUUUGAUGUCAAUGUCUGACAGUCACUCAAUCCAUCGGGACAGCAACGAUUUUUGACUGUGAUUCCUGUGAGAGGAAUCAACGCUUUUUGGUUCCAGUUUGAGGACGUUUUCAGCAUCAGUGGGACUGGACAGGAGACCUCACUGUUACAGCGCAUUGUGUGCUUGGAGCCUGAAACAGUUAUAAGGCCUGGGAAGGGGAUUUCACGGCAGGGAGGGGCUCUACACGUGUUCCUGUGCAGCUGAAGCUGUAGCCAUGGAGAAACCUGAGGAAUCCCGUCCUGUGGAGGAACCGUGGAAGUGUGGCGACUGUGGGAAAGGCUUCCGUUUCCUGUCUGCCCUGGAGACUCAUCGGCGCAGUCACACCGGGGAGAGGCCAUUCCCCUGCACUGACUGCGGGAAGGCCUUCAGACAUUCCUCCCACCUGCUGGCCCACCAGCGGGGCCACACGGGGGAAAGGCCCUUCAGCUGCCCAGAGUGCGGGAAGGCCUUCAGCACUUCCUCCACCCUGCUGAGCCACCAGCAUGUCCACACGGGAGAGAGGCCGUUCACCUGCCCUGAGUGUGGGAAGGCCUUCAGGUAUUCCUCCACGCUGCGGACCCACCGGCGUUUCCACACAGGGGAAAGGCCGUUCAGCUGCUCCGAGUGUGGGAAGGCCUUCAGGUAUUCCUCCGCCCUGCGGAGCCAUCGGCGCGUCCACACGGGGGAGAGUCCCUUCAGCUGCCCCGAGUGUGGGAAGGCCUUUACCCGCAUCUCUGCCUUGCGGAGCCACCAGCGGAUCCACACCGGGGAGAGACCCUUUACCUGCCCCGAGUGCGGGAAGGCCUUUACCGACAUCUCCUCCCUGAUGAAGCAUCAGCGGAUCCACACUGGGGAGAGGCCCUUUACCUGCUCUCAGUGCAGGAAGGCCUUCAGCACAUCCUCCCACCUACUGAUCCAUCAGCGUGUCCACACAGGGGAGAGACCGUACACCUGCCCUCACUGUGGGAAGGGCUUCAGGUAUUCCUCCUCCCUGCUGACCCACCAGCGGAUCCACACGGGGGAAAGGCCUUUCAGCUGCCCCGACUGUGGGAAGGCCUUUUGCGAUUCCUCCACCCUGCUGACCCACCGGCGUGUCCACACAGGGGAGAGACCGUACACCUGCCCUCAGUGCGGGAAGGGCUUCACCCGCUCCUCCCACCUGCGGAGACACCAGCGGAUCCACACGGGGGAGAGACCCUUCAGCUGCCCCGAGUGCGGGAAGGCCUUUACCGACAUCUCCUCCAUGAUGAAGCAUCAGCGGAUCCACACCGGGGAGAGACCGUACACCUGCUCUCAGUGCGGGAAGGGCUUCACCCGCUCCUCCCAACUGCGGAGCCACCAGCGAGUUCACGUGCCAUCGCAGCAGAGUGGGACGUCAGAGGGAGCGUCGAACCUGGAGGGAGGCCGCGCCGUGGGGAAACCGUGGAAGUGUGGGGAAUGCGGGAAGGGGUUUCGAGUCCCCUCUGAGCUGGAGAUCCACCGGCGCGGUCACACCGGGGAGAGGCCGUUCUCCUGCCCCGAGUCCGGCAAGGCCUUCAUUGGGUCCUCCAAGCUGCUGAGGCACCGGCGGGUCCACACCGGGGACAGGCCGUACCCCUGCCCCGAGUGUGGCAAGGCCCUUCACCCAGCUGUCCCACCUGCAGACGCACCGGCGCCUCCACACACCAGGGAGAGGCCUCUCACCUGCCCCGGGGGCGGCAAGGCCUUCAAUCGAUCGCCGACCCUGCGGACGCACAGGCGCCUUCCCAACGUGAUCGCACGGAAUCUUUGGCCCGGGGAACGUGCAGUCCCAGCCUCAAACAGCAUCGGUCCCACGGGAAGCAAAGGGAGCGAGAGCGGCCAGUCCGGCAGAAAGGAAGCCUCGCUCCCUUCCCGCUUCACCCACUGCCUUCGAACGGGGCACAAUCCCCCCACGGGGCACGAUCCCCCCCCAGUCCUGGGUGGGAUUCGCUGCAGACUUCAACUCCGUGCGAUCACGUUGGGAAGGCGCCUGUGCGUCCGCAGGGUCAGCGAUCGAUUGAAGGCCUUGCCGCCCCCGGGGCAGUCAUCUUUACCUGAACCACACGGGCACGUGCCUGAGCCAGUUUGCCCACUGUGGGGAAAGGAAGUCUCAGGAGGCAUUCCGCGCACCAUGGAGAAACCGUGGAAGUGUGGGGAUUGCGGGAAAGGAUUCCGCUCCCCCUCCGUGCUGGAGAUCCACCGCCGUGUCCACACCGGGGAGCGGCCCUUCACCUGCUCCGUCUGCGGCAAGGGCUUCACCCAGUCGUCCCACCUGCUGACCCACCAGCGGGUCCACACCGGGGAGAGGCCCUUCACCUGCUCCGUCUGCAGCAAGGUCUUCUCUGACUCGUCCCACCUGCUGUCCCACCAGCGUGUCCACACCGGGGAGCGGCCCUUCACCUGUUCCGUCUGUGGCAAGGGCUUCACCAAGUCGUCCAACCUGUUCUCGCACCAAUGGGUCCACACCGAGGAGAGGCCGUUCAGCUGCUCCGUCUGCGGCAAGGGCUUCUCUCACUCGUCCCACCUGCUCAAGCACUGGCGGGUCCACACCGGGGAGCGGCCCUUCACCUGCUCCGUCUGCGGCAAGGGCUUCACCCAGUCGUCCCACCUGCUGCAGCACCAGCAGGUCCACACCGGCGAGGGGGUCUUCACCUGCUCAGUCUGCGGCAAGGGCUUCACCCAGUCGUUCACCCUGCUGACCCACCAGCAGGUCCACACUGGGGAGCGGCCCUUCACCUGCUCGUUGUGCGGCAAGGGCUUCACUCGAUCGUCCACCCUGCUGCGGCACCAGCGGGUCCACACCGGGGAGCGGCCCUUCACCUGCUCCGUCUGCGGCAAGGGCUUCACCCAGUCGUCCAACCUGCUGCGGCACCAGCAGGUCCACACCGGCGAGGGGGCCUUCACCUGCCUGGUCUGCGGCAAGGGCUUCCCCCACUCGUCCGGCCUCCAGAUCCACCAGUGGGUCCACACGGGGGAACAUCCUUCCGAUAGACCAGAAGUGCACAUAAUACAGAGGAACUUCGAUUAUCCAGAAUUAGAUGAACCAGCACGGUGGCUCAGUGGUUAGCGCUGCUACCUCACAGUACCAGGGACCCGGGUUUCAUUCCUGCCUCAGGCGACAGACUGUGUGGAGUUUGCACAUUCUCCCCGCGUCUGCGUGGGUUUCCUCCUAGUGCUCCGGUUCCGUCCCACAGUCCAAAGAUGUGCAGGUCAGGGUGAAUUGGCCAUGCUAAAUUGCCCGUCGUGUUAGGUACAUUAGUCAGAGGGAAAUGGGUCUGGGUGGGUUACUCUUCGGAGGGUCAGUGUGGACUGGUUGGGCCUGUUUCCACACUGUAAGGGAUCUAAUUGUCAAGCGACUGAAAUAUACCCUGCAUGUGUCCUUUGGAUAAUCGCGGUUCCUGUGUAUUCCAAAAGUGGCCUAACCAACGUCCUGUCCAGACCCCAACCCCUAUACUCAGUGCUCUGACCAAUAAAGUGAUCUGCAGAAUCUGCGGGACUUGCUUAAUCCUGGGAGGUAAAUCACGUGUUUCUCCUUCUCUUGCAGGUGGAUCCAAGACUUCACUCUCUGUCCCAUUGAGUCUCCAGUCAGGUCCUUCAGCUCAACUGGUCUCUCUCAGUAUUUCUGACCCAUGUGAGCCUCUACGCACCUCCCCUUCACUUGCUCACACUUGAUUUCCCUUACAGCAGCAUUCCCUUCAGUUCCUUUCUCCCUGACGUCUGUAUCCAGCUUCUCCUUAAAUGCCGUCCACCUCGACCUGCUACUGUGGGGGUCAUUCCCGCUGCAGACAGAGGUCUCUCCUUUGUAACCUCUUCAAAAGAUUUACCGCUGACUUCCCCCUUCAGUCUUUUCCAUUACUGGGUCUCCCCGCUGUUGCGAAACUUGGAAUGGUUCAGAAAAUAUUUACAAGGAUGUUGCCAGGGUUGGAGGAUCUGAGCUACAGGGAGAGGCUGAACAGGCUGGGGCUGUUUUCCCGAGAGCGUCGGAGGCUGAGGGAUGACCUUAUAGAGGUUUACAAAAUUGAGGGGCAUGGAUAGGAUAAAUAGGCAAAGUCUUUUCCCUGGGGUUGGGGAAUCCAGAACUAGAGGGCAUAGGUUUAGGGUGAGAGGGGAAGAUAUAAAAGAGACCUACAGGGCAACGUUUUCAUACAGAAGGUGGUGUGUGUACGGAAUGAGCUGUCAGAGGAUGUGGUGGAGGCUGGUACAAUUGCAACAUUUAAGAGGCGUUUGGAUGGGUAUAUGAAUAGGAAGGGUUUGGAGGGAUAUGGGCUGGGUGCUGGCAGGUGGGACUAGUUUGGGUUGGGAUAUUUGGUCGGUACGGACGGGUUAGACCGAAGGGUCUGUUUCCGUGCUGUACAUCUCUUGACAAAGCCUUGUCUGAGGGUGAAAUGUUGUCAUU